AUGAAAUCAGUAUCAUCUGUUCGUAUUCAUUUGGAUGCAACAGAAGAACAUUCAAGACGUUCAUCAUUUGAUUUAAAUACUAUUUCAUCAAUAUUAUCACGAACAAAAAAUCGAUUAAAUACAAAUAUAAAUACAACAUCAUCAACAAGUCUUGAUGGACAACGAACUGCACGUUUUAGUAGCGUUAGUAGUAGUUAUGCACAAUUUUUAAAACAACGUGAUACGGAUAAAACUAAAAAGAUUCUAUCACAAGAAGAUCAUCGUUUAUUAUUAUCAUCGAGUGAAUGGGUUGAAGAUAUUAAAGAUAGUGAUCCAUAUGUAUCCGUUAUUAGUCGACUAGGUGAAGCCAUCCAAGAUUCUGAAACAUAUAUGGAAUUUGUUAAAAAAUCUUUUGCUAUCGUUACAAAUACAAUCGUCGCUACAGCUUUAUUAAUUUUAUUAACGGUCUUUCAAGUCAUACUUUUCUUUGUUGGUGUUAAAUAUUUAAAUGAUUGUCCAAUUCAAUCAAAUUUACCAGUUUAUUUACUUGUUGUUGGUUCAAUGGGACUUGUGCGUGUAUUAAAUUUAUUAUGGAAACAAUUUCGUCGAAGACGUAUGCGAAAAUUAGAAGGUGUAGAACUUGAUCAAGAAGAAGAGACUGAUGAUAACGGAUCUGAUUUUACAGAUGCUGUUUUAAAUCUUUUUCUUCUUGCUUGGUUUAUUGUUGGACAAUUUUGGACAUGGAGUGUAUUUAUGCCAAAUUUUGAAUUUGGCUUAGAAAAUCCAAAUAAUUAUUGUCAUAGGAAUGUAUAUAUAUUUACACUUAUUCAUAUUGGCUUUGUUUAUGUCAUGUUUCUUGCUACUAUUUUUUUUCUUAUUGCACUUACAUGUUGUGCUAGAUUUCCACAUUUAAUUAUUAAAACACCACGUUAA